AUGACAGGCUUCAACGAUUAUGAGUUGGGCCGCAAGGAGUUCAAAAUUGAUGUUCCAGAGUAUUUUAAUUUUGCCAGCGAUGUGAUGGAUGAAUGGGCCAGGAAGGAAGAGACGGGAGAGAGGUCCACCAGCAACCCAGCUUUUUGGUGGAUAGAUACCAAAGGAAAUGAAAUCAAGUGGUCCUUUAGGGAUCUUGCAGAAAAGUCAAAAAAGGUUGCCAAUAUGCUGCAGAAGAGCUGUCAUAUCAAGCAGCAUGAUAAAGUGAUGGUCAUCCUACCACGCAUUCCAGAAUGGUGGCUCCUCAAUCUGGCUUGUCUAAGAAUAGGGGCAGUGCUUGUGCCUGGUUCUACUCAGCUCAGAGAGAUGGAUAUCAGAGACAGACUGGAGAGCUCCAAAGCUGUCUGCAUUAUUACAGAUGAAGAAAUCUCACAUCUGGUUGAUAAGGUUGUCAAGGAUACUGAUGGUUUUCAACAUAAAAUUCUCAUCAGAGACAAGGAUGAAAAGAUCAGAAGCGAUAGACCUGGUUGGUUAGAUUUCCAAGAGCUUUACGAUGCAGCUUCAGAUGAGCACGAGUGUGUGAGGACACGAGGUAGUGACCCCAUGACAGUUUUCUUUACCAGUGGGACUACAGCCAAGCCUAAGAUGGCUGAACACACACAUGUUAGCUAUGGUCUCGGUCACAUCAUCACAGGAAAGUAUUGGCUGGAUCUGACGCCGCAUGAUAUCUUUUGGAACAUGUCGGACACGGGAUGGGCCAAGUCUGCCUACAGUAACGUCUAUGCUCCCUGGGGCCAGGGAUCCUGUGUUUUUAUCCAUCAUUCACCUAGGUUUGAUCCACAACAAACUCUGCAGGUAUUCAACGACUACCCGAUCUCAAUAUUCUGUGGCUUUCCGAUGGCCUUCACCAUGAUGAUCCAGCAGGAUACGUCACAGUAUAGUCUAAGAUCCUUGAGGGAUUGCGUCAGUGCAGGAGAUUUCUUGUGCAGGAGAGUUCUUGGUAAGAUCUUCUGA